UCAGACAGCAGGUGCAAGGGAGGAGGGCUGCUGAACAGGUGGGAGUGCUGGCUCAAGAGGAAAUUUCCAGAAGUCAUCUGGAACACAAUCCACAUGAUGAUUUUCUUUAGAGAACCGGGGCAGCCCCAGAUCUCCAAAGAUGAAUGUCUGUCAGUUCAGUGCCUGCCUUUCGUUAUGCAUCUGGACACUGUUACAACUAACACUCGUUUUAAACCUAGAUGGCACAGCAUGGUAUGUUGUUUUGCAGCCUGUACUUGGUGCUGUGCAGUAGGUGGAGGCUGCACCUGCCAGAAUGCACUUACCCCGUCCUGUGGCCAUGCCACAGGGCGUGCAUGCUGGUGCCAUGGUCAUGCUCACCUCUAGGAGCAGAUACCCCCCUGCCAGGGGUAGGAGGGACAGGCCCACUGUGUGUCCCCAACCCCUGUGCCUCCAUUGUUCCCCAGUGGAGGAGAGAGUGGACAGGAAUGGGAUGGUUUGACUCCCAGAUGGUGAUUGGAGGCUGCUUGUUGAGGCAGGGUCCCGGAAGGGGCCUCAGCAUGUGUGCAAAAAGGGGCUCUUUGCAUGGGCAUUGGGAAGGUCACAGAGCUUGGGCCCCUCUGGGAUAACCCAAGGAUCGGUUUGACAGUGUUUGUUUUUCUGGGGUCAGGUGCCCCAUGGCUUGUUCACCUGAGUUCUGGGGGCCAGAUCCAGGCUGGGUGGGUCACUGUUUUAGCCGCCCUGCUGUUGGACACGUCUGCUAUGCCUCAACUGUUUGCUGUUAUGAGAAGUGUUGCUCGAGGCUCCUGGGUGAAGAGGGUGACAUUCUCAGGAGAGCUGCUGGGUGCCCUGGUGUUGUGUGUAAAACUGCAGCAGAUCUGCCUCCUUCUCCAGGCCCCGUAUCAGCCCACAGUUUGAGCACCAUAAGGGAGUGUCUCUUUUUCCACCUUCUCACCAAACAUGUCAAAAUAUUUAAUAUUUGCCAGUCUGAUGGGUUAAAAUGGUAAGUCAUCAGAGUUUCCCUGAUUCCUAGUGAGGUUGGACACCUGUUCCUGUUAUCUGCUGCAACGUAGGUCAACCCUAAGUAACAAAUCACCCUUCAACUAAGUGGUUUAAAACAACUAUUUCAUUGUAUCUCACACUGUCGUGGGUUGAGAAUUCAGGCAGAGGUGGGCAGGGCGAUUCUUCAGCUCCAUGUCCCAUCCACUGGGGUCACUUGACAGCAUCGGCUGGCACUGGACCUGUCUGGGGACCACCACUGUGCCCCUUCUGACAUUCUCUGUAGGUCCCGGCGUUCACAGGGCAGCCAAUUCUGGGGGUGUGCGCCCUCCCCACAGAGACUCUUAAAGUGGUGUGGCACCUGGAAUCACCCAGACGUCCUUUCGUUGGUUCACAGUCACGUCCCCUUGUCUGCCUGUUCUCUCUCCUGUUUCUCUUGGGUUGUGUUGGUCUGUAGGAGCACCACUGGUGUCCCAGAUUUCUGGGGUAGGAGCAACUCCAGUUCUGGCCCUGGGAGGGGAUGGCUGACACAACAUGGAUUAGAAAUAGGGGCUGAGGUCUGGGUGGUGUGGCUGGUCUGGGACCAAGGCUGAGGGCCGGACACUGGCAGUGCCAACAGAGGUAGAAGACCAGCCAACGGUUUGUGGGCAGGGAUGCCCGGUGCACUGUGUGACCAUCAAGAGGUGUGCGUCAGCAAGGUGGGGCCAGCCUGGGGAAACCAGGACAUGGCUGGUGUGGCUGACCCCGGCCAUGGGCACUUGGGACACAGCUUCUUCCUGCCUGGCGGCUCUGUCAGGAGCUCAUCAGAUGCUGAGUCAUCUGUCCCUCACCUGACCGUCAAGUCCGAGGAGGGCAAAGAGGGGCUGGGCAGGAGCUGGUCUUUGGCUUUGACUCAGCCCUGCAGGGAGAGGAGGGGUGGAGCCGCAGGGCUACCUGUCACUGAGCUCCCACCUCCUCCCUACUUGGGUCUCCAGCUGUGGUCCCCUCCCUGGUUGUCCAGCCACGGCCUUCUGACCAUAGUGGGCUCUAGGCACACAUCUGCUGGACUAAAGAAUUCGAGUUCCUGACCACAGAACAGUGGCAGCAACCUCUGCUGUAAAUGGUUCCUGGUCUGGGGAGUGAGGGAGAGGACUCAGAAAAUCAGCCCUCUUGGGCAGUACUGGCCCAGGAAGUCAAGGGUGUCCCCACCCUCCAGUGUACCACACGGUUGGAUACCUUAUCUGCUCAGGCGGGUCUGACCACAUUCCUGCAGCGUGAGGACUAGCAGUUAGCUUCCUGGAGUGGGAAGGGCUGCCUCCCAGCCUGACUGACUGGCCUGUGAGGCAGCACAAAGAUGGGGUCGGAGGUCAGCUGCCCCAUAGGUCUCUGUUCAUCAUCGAUGUCCCAAGGAUCUCCUAUAGGGAACUGGGUUUUCACAGCCAUCCGAGUGACCUGCACAGGUUCCUGCAGGGUCUCCACCAAGGCCAAUGAUGCGUCAUGGGUGGUGGAGGAGGGCUACUCGAACAGCGCUCUGUCGCUGGCCGACAAGGGGAGCCUGCCUGCUGGAGAACACAACUUCCCAUUCCAGUUCCUGCUUCCUGCUGCAGCGCCCACGUCCUUUGAGGGCCCCUUCGGGAAGAUUGUGUACCAGGUGCGGGCCACUAUCGACACGCCGCGUUUUUCCAAGGAUCACCAGUGUAGCCGCGUGUUCUACAUCUUGAGCCCCCUGAACCUGAACAGCAUCCCAGACAUCGAGCAACCCAAUGUAGCCUCCACCACCAAGAAGUUCUCCUACAAGCUGGUGAAGACGGGCACCGUGGUCCUCACUGCCAGCACUGACCUCCGUGGCUAUGUGGUGGGGCAGGUGCUGCGGCUGCAGGCUGACAUCGAGAACCAGUCAGGCAAGGACACCAGCCCUGUGGUGGCCAGUCUGCUGCAGAAAGUGUCCUAUAAGGCCAAGCGCUGGAUCUACGAUGUGCGGACCAUCGCAGAGGUGGAGGGGGCGGGCGUCAAGGCCUGGAGGCGGGCACAGUGGCAAGAGCAGAUCCUGGUGCCUGCCCUGCCCCAGUCGGCCCUGCCCGGCUGCAGCCUCAUCCACGUGGACUACUUCUUGCAGGUCUCCCUGAAGGUGCCUGAAGCCACAGUGACCCUCCCGGUCUUCAUCGGCAAUAUUCCUGUGAAUCACGCUCCGCUGAGCCCCCAGCCAGGCCCAAGUCCUCCUCCUGGGGCCCUGUCCCGGGUGGUGCCCUCGGCACCCCCCCAGGAGGAGGAUGAGGCCAUGGCCAGUGGCCCCCACCUUGAGGACCCCAUCUCCCUCUUCACCAAGAGCCACUCGCAGCAGCAGCCACCACAGGCCGCCUUCGGCUCUGUGCCUGGCGCCCCUGAACUCCGUCCUCAGGAUGGCAGCCCUGCUGCCCACCCUUUGCCCCCUCCCUUGUGCAUCUCCACAGGUGCCACCAUCCCCUACUUUGCAGAGGGCUCAGGGGGCCCGGUGCCCACCACCAGUACCUUGAUCCUCCCGCCAGAGUACAGCUCCUGGGGCUACCCCUGUGAGGCCCCGCCGUCCUAUGAACAGAGCUGCGGCGGCGGUGCGGACCCUGGUCUGACCCCUGGGAGCUGACCCCUGGGAGCUGGCUCCAUGCUGCCUUCUCUGUGCGGGCGGACCUCUGCCCUGGGAUCGGGCGCCCAGGGCCUCGUGCCUUUGCUCCCGGCCUGGCCCGGCCCACUCAGGACCCUCCGUUGCCGGGCCACUGGCCCCCCCAACCCCCCCUGCAGUCAGCCUCGCCCCAGGGGCCUGGAGAGACGCCGUGUAAAUAAAGCGCUUCGUUUGUAAAGCUG